CUUUAAAAUCUCAUUACGAGGCCACGCCCCAACUCGAGACCACGCCCCCCCACUCAAAACCGCGCCCCCUGGCCCCACAUCUCCCCAGCGGCGGGCUCAGCCAAUCAGCGCCCGGCAGAAGCGGGCGGGCCGCGUUCCUAUUGGUCGACCUUGAGCCGCCGCGCUCCUAUUGGUCGCGGGGGCGGCGUGUAGGCGGGACGAGGUGCGGCGCGCGGCGGCGGCGGGAGCGGGAGCGGGAUCGGCGCGUGAGCGGCUGAGGGGCGCUGUUGCCAUGGAGACGAGCGCGCAUCCCUAUUGGCCGCGCGGGCUGGCGUUGCCGGGUUACGUGGCGGGUGCGCGGCCCGGCUGGCAGUGCGCAGGCGCAGUGGCGGCGGCGGCGGCGGCGCUGUUUGCGCUGGGCUGGGCCCUGGGCGGGACCGGGGGCGGGGCCAAGGGCGGGGCGAAAGGCGUGGCCAAGCGAAGCCCCGCCCGCCGGCUGGUCCUGGGCUGGUUCCUGGUCUGUGCCGGCAUCCACGGGGUCCUGGAAGGGUAUUUCAGCCUUCGGCACCGGGAGCUGCCCGCCGACACCGGGCUGCUGGCCGACGUCUGGAAGGAAUACGCCAAGGCCGACAGCCGCUACAUGACGAGUGAUGACUUCACGGUUGCCAUGGAGACGGUGACAGCCUGGGCCUGGGGUCCCCUGAGCUUCCUCACCUUCCUCGCCCUCCUGCGGCAGCACCCAGCCCGUUACAUCCUGCAGCUCGUGGUGUCCCUGGGCCAGCUGUACGGUGACAUCCUGUACUUUGCCACGGAGGCGCGGGCGGGCUGGGCUCACAGCGACCCCCACCCCUUUUAUUUCUGGGGUUACUUUGUGGGGCUCAACGGGCUCUGGGUGCUCGUGCCCGUCCUGCUCCUGCUGGACGCCGGCCGGGAGCUGGCCCGGGCCCAGCGCGGCCACGACCGGCCCCGACACAAGGCCCAUUGAGGGGGGGGGGAGAGAGACCCCCAGAGACCCCCCCUGGGGCUGAGAGACCCCCCCAGGGCUGUGAGACGCCCCCAGGACCGGCCCUGAC